AGCACGAAACACGAGCAACGAUGGAUAAGAAUCGGCCGGCGACUUGUUGUUGUCCUCGCUGUUAGUAACCUGGCGUUUCGUCAUUGUAAUGCUGUGUGAUUGCCUUUAUGCCGGUAAUAUAGUGGAAAAGCUGACUGUUAAGUACCAACUAGUUUCGUAGCUGGAGAAGUUCGAUAGCGAACAAACGCUAUCUCGUAAACGAGUAUCUUGAAAAGUUUUCGUAUUUCCAGAGUUUUGGCACGAGCCGAUUACAGUGGUGUUAAACGAAGAUGGGCUGCGUUUGUAGAAAUAGAAAUAAAUCAAUAGCAACAAAGCUGUUGUGCUUUUAAUGGACAAUACACUUUUUACAUGCGUUUACGGACAGUGGUGUUAAUAAUAGUGGUUACUGAUUGAAAAAAAAGGAUUGAUUCGUUCAAAUAGUGAGGUGUAUUCUAUCGUAUAGUGACACUGCGACAUAUUCACCGUGAUACGAAUGUAGCAAAAGAAUUGUGUGCAGUAUUACUUCAUUCUACUAGCGAUGACGGCUAACUAGCGCCCCUGCGGAUACACCAAACAAGCGGUUGUCAACAUUUAUUUAUUAUUGUGGAUUAAAGUUUUCAAUUAUUACUGUAACGUCAGUGAUUUUGACGUCGCGUCGAAUUGUUAUCGGCCAUUUAUUUACGUCUGUGUUACAUGGUGUGUUCUAGUCUACAGACAGUGCCAAAUCGCCUGCAGACACCCAAGCUAUAGCUGCCGUUGACACUGCUGUACCAUAUCAAUGCCACGUAGUCCCUUUCUUCAAUACUUGUAAAUAAAACAAACGUUAGCAUAUGGGUACAUCCUAACGUUACAGCUAUCUUCUCCUAUAGCAGCUUAUGGACAAGGCGUCAUAUGGUCCAGUAACACCCGAGAAGUCGCACACGUGAGUUGCUGAUAGGGAGCAGACAAAUGAAGGUCCGGAAAAAUCGCGCAGUACUAUUUGCGAGUCUAUUCAUUAGCAACGUUUGUCAAAUUCUAGCUAGUAAAAAUAAGCGACUUAUGUGAAUGCGGUCGCGCACUUUCUCAUUUCUCCUUUAUCUUUUACCACUACUGACAUAGCGUAGUAUCUGGGCUUGCGCCAAUGCUGUUCUGCUAGUUUUUUAGUGCCACCGUAAAAGGCCCCUCCCCACGUUCAGAUAAAUAGUAUUGGUUGACAUACCGGGCAAUUCUAAAGAUAGCUUCCAUGUGUAGACGUGUGUUAUGGCAAUUGUCUUUUCGCAUCGAAUUUUUUUUUGCCCUAUAGUGUGUCGUUGUCGGCGCAUACGUCCAUUUUCCUCUUGCAGUUGACCUUAGCACAACGAAUACUGCCUGUUACCGUAUAGAGUUUCCAGUGCGUGGGAUGCGCGCUCGGAGGUGUGCCUUAGCGCCGUGUGCUUCCGAGCCUGGACUGUCCGGCCGGUCGGUUUCCAAGUGGAUGCAGUGUUGGUACUCAAUGUCGCUUAGCAAGCCUUGACCACAUGGCGCAAGUGACGAGUGUGCUUAGAACAGUAGCAGCAGUAACAGCGUCAGCAGCAAUGUUUGACAUUGACCAGGGUACCAGUUACGCGCCGUCGCCCAUGCGCUACAAUCAUCGUCGUAACUUUUCCACGCCUCUGGCCCACGAUUAUAACACGAUUAUAGCCAUCGCCACAGGUACGAGCAGCGCAAUUUCGAAUCGAUUCGUUAACCUCAUAAUGAUGAUGGUGACGGGGUCCACAACAACAACGAAGGGGAACAAGCGGGUUACGAUCAGCACUAACGGCACCACAAACACGAGCCGACACCAUGGAGCCCGAAGCAGCAGCGGCAGUAGCAGUGGUGGCGGAGCUUGGACCCGUCCGCUGCUAUGGCCGUAAGCGCCUCGUCACCGCGUGAGCGGGUCGAUGGCGUCAACGGCACUUGCGUAUACACGGCGCUCGAGGCCCGUUCUGCCCAAAAUUCCCAAUUACAACAACAGCGAUGACAACAAGGGGCAAAGGCAGCGAUCCCAUCAUCAAAAAUUGCGACGAAACGAACCAAAGCAAACACAGCAGUUGGAACAACGGCGCAAGGUGCCAGAUCCGACUCGGUCGUUUCCUCGGUCGACCGCAGCUCAUUGCCAAGAACCGUUAUUAGCAAAGCCUCCGCUACCAAGCAUUGGUUUUGCGUUAAAGAGUCGUGUUUGUCACUUCUCGGCUGGUGGCAGCAGUCUCAAAGGCAGCAUCGACGGACGCUUCGGUACAGCCCGUUCCCAAUGUCACGCGCGAUCACCGAACCGAUCAUGGCUGCGGCCAGCCUUGUUAACAACCGUUGCUUUCCGAGGCUAUCAUCGAUUGAUUGUCGUUCAUGCAUUUGUCGUUGCUGUUGUGGCGCUGGCAUCAGCGGUAGGGUCCGUAGCCGGCAGCCAUCUAACGGGUGGAGGUUCGGGUGCUGGCGGGGGCGCCGGUAUGAAUCACCAUCACCACAGGCGCUUCGACGAUACAGUGCAGGGUUUGAACAUUCUCAAUCACCAGCUGAACCAUCCGUCGUUCAGCGGAGGCAAUUGUGGAACUGCUGCAGUUCACAUGGCAUCGCCAGGUGGCGUAGGCAGCGUAGUGACAAUGGCCGGAAGCAUCAGCUCGUCCGGGUCGUUGUCCAUCGGAAAAAGCCCGCUCAACGCCAAAAGCCCGGCUGGAGGUCGCACCGCGCGUUUUGCUCAGUCGCUACCAACCGGCGGACUUGUGAGCAGAGCCAGCAGUGGCGCAAAUGGUGUCGGAAGCGGGGGUCGGACGGCGUUCAAACGUAAGAAAAAUAGCACAAGCGUAAAUCGGGCAGGAGAUGGAACGGACUCAAACUCGUUCAGUGGGGGUGCCAGCAGCAGCGGACUCGGUAAUCUUACCUGGCCCCUCAAGCGGGUCGCUCAUCGAAAAGGCGAAGUAAUGUUAGGCGCUCUAAUGAUGGUGCAUGAAAGGCAUGCAAACUGGACGUGCGGGCCAAUUAUGCCACAAGGUGGUAUUCAAGCGCUCGAGUGUAUGCUAUUCACUAUUGACUACGUGAACCGUCAGGAAUGGAUGCCAUCGAACGUGUCUUUUGGCUACUACAUACUCGACGAUUGUGACUCGGACACUUAUGGUCUGGAGCAGGCCGUCGAUUUCAUCAAAGGCUCGUUUGGCAAACUUCAUAAUAGCAAUGAACAGAUCACGUGCUCACAAACGCACAAAGACUCAACGGACGGGUCCCAGGGUUCCAGUAGUGCGUUUGGCGGGAUGACGUCUACGAAGUCGGCGGAGUCGUCCGUUGACGUUAUCUCAGGCGUUCUCGGAGCUGCAUCAUCCGUAACUUCUAUACAGGUAGCUAAUCUGUUGCGCCUGUUUCGUAUUCCACAAAUUUCGUUCUUUUCGACGAGUCCUGAACUAUCAAAUAAGCAGCGGUUCGAGUAUUUCUUACGAACAGUGCCAUCGGACCGUGACCAGGCAGCCGCAAUGGUUGAGAUAGUGAAACUAUUACGAUGGACCUACGUCUCAAUCGUUUACGAAGAGUCCAAUUAUGGCAUUCAGGCCUUCGCUGUGCUUGAAAGCCUUCUCGCACAAGAAGGAAUCUGCAUCGCCGCCAAGGAAAAGCUCACUAAGGAUUCCGGACAAGGUAAUGCUGGGGCAUAUGAUCAAAUCGUCGAGCGCCUUCGCGCUAAAUCUCGUGCACGCGGAGUGAUCGUGUUUGGCUCGGAUCAGGAGGUGGCGCAUUUGAUGAAGGCAGUCGCUAGAGGUAAUGCGACCGGUAUGUUCUCGUGGAUUGGAUCAGACGGCUGGAGCGCCCGUUCACUCGUCUCCGACGGCCAUGAAGCGCAGGUUGAGGGUACUAUCUCGGUACAGCCAAUGGCGCACCCUAUACCAGACUUCGAGAGCUACUUUCUUAACCUCACGGCUCAGGGAAAUAAGCGUAACCCUUGGUUUAUUGAAUAUUGGGAGUACACGUUUAGAUGUCGUUGGCCCAACGGGACUGUAACGCCUUACAACCAGAAAUAUACUUCAACAUGCACAGGACGAGAGAAAUUAUUGGAUCCAUCCGCGACUGGGGGUUUUGAACUCGAACGGCAGUUGCAGUUCGUAUCGGAUGCCGUUUUGGCUUUUGCCUAUGCUAUACGGGACAUGCACGAGGAGCUCUGUGGAGGAAGUCAGGGCUUGUGUCACAAGAUGAAGCCCAUAGAGGGUUCUCAACUGCUCAGCUAUCUCAAGCGGGUCCGCUUCAAUGGUCUAACCAAGGACGAAUUUCGUUUUACGGAAAGCACUUUGGACGGCCCGUCUCGUUACAAUAUUCUGCAUUUUAAACAAACUAAGCCGGGCAUUUUCGAUUGGCUCAAGGUGGGCGAAUAUCGAGAUGGCCGGCUUACGCUCAACAAGAACGAGUUAAAAUUUCGAAUAGAAACCAGCAGCGAUAUGAGUAACAAAAAUCUCAAUGGCACAAGCUCGUCACCGAUAUCCGGUACAACACUAUACACAUCAGCUGAAGAUAGUUGGAGCAGAAAUGGAGGAUUCUUACCGCCCGUAUCAGUUUGCUCCCUGGAGUGCGAGCGUGGCUCGGCGAAAAAAUUCCUCGAGGGCGAAAAAUGUUGUUGGCAGUGUAUGCCGUGUCAAAAGUACGAGGUACUACGUAGUGAAACUGAAUGUGUCGAGUGCGCUAAAGGAACACUGCCGGACCUGGACCAUCAGGUAUGUCUUGAGAUACCAGCGCAGCAUGUGAACCCUGCAUCAAGUUGGGCGACGGGAGCGAUGGCAUUCGCGAGUGCCGGUGUCGUCCUUACCUUCUGUGUGAUUUACGUGUUCAUACGGUACCGUGAUACGCCUGUGGUUCGUGCCUCUGGCCGCGAACUCAGUGCAGUGUUAUUGACCGGAAUCCUUCUUUGCUACAGCGUCACAUUCAUACUCGUGCAGAAACCAACUGAUUUAAUAUGCGGCCUACAGCGCAUUGGAGUCAGUCUCAGCUUUACGAUUGUGUACGCCGCCAUUCUAACAAAGAGUAACAGGAUUGCACGCAUUUUCCGUGCUGGUAAGCGUACCAGCAGACGGCCGUCGUUCAUUUCGCCAAAAUCUCAACUUAUCAUCUGCGCAAUCCUUGUUUCAUUGCAGGUGGUCGUUAUCGUGGUAUGGCUCCUGUUCAUUCCUCCAAGGGCUGUCAAGCAUUAUCCAACGCGUGAACAAAGUCAACUACUCUGUGAAUCCACUCUGGGAAUGGUACAGCAGCGCUACGGUGCAAUGCUCAAGUCAAUGCAAAGGCGACACGUUGAGUGCGCGACGCAAUCCGACGAUCUAGAGCUGUUCGGCGGGACCGGAUAUUCUAGCGGUGUCAUCGACUACGGCAUAUUGGCUAACCAACAAUACCUGCCAGGCGCUAACCAGCAAUUAGGUGCGAACAUAGACGGCCUGGCAGCGAAAUCCUCUACGGCGCUCGCCUCGUGCUGUGCUGCCACCCAGACACCUAAUUGGAAUACGCUGACAAGUAGCAACGAGUCGGUCAAAUCGACAGGGAGCGAUUGCGCAUCGCCGAAUUACAAUCGAUCGUUUCGACACAACCACGGCCCUUCACAGAUGUCUCACAAUGUCUGUGCUAGCGAAAACGUUGCCACGGGAAGCUUUCGACGCCAGUACCAGUCACACCAACAGCAGCCCAGAGAUCUUCAAUACCAGCAGCAAGAUCUGCAACAGCGGGACUUUCGCGGUAGCGGGAUUGGCGGAGAUGGAUCCGUCACCGAGUUGAGCAUAAACGAUACGGGCAGGACGGGUUUUUUGGCCAGGGCGAUCAGUGCCGAUUUGGGCAAGGUCGCAGCGGACGAUAGUAUAGUUCAAGGGCAGGAACCCAAGGAAACCGACCGCUUGCGCACGAUAGCAACUGCUGCCACCGGCGGAGGUAGUGAUGGCGGCGGAUUAUGGAACCGCCACAAUGGUGGUCAGAUCAUCAGUAGUUCGGGGGGAGACGUACAGUUGUAGUAGCAUAGCCCAUGAAUGGCAGAGCCUAGACUAUGUACUUGUUAGGCCUAUUGUAACAGAAACAAGUAUAAUAAGAAUAACAGCAACAAACUAAAGAUAACAUAGAAAUGGCAGAGAUAACGUCCCAGAAAAAAAAAAACGCAUCACUGCGUCUCCCCUGUUAGGCCACGAUAAAGGGCGGAAUGACAACGCCACUAAACACGAUGGCGCAACAUAAAAACAAUAACAAAAGCAAACAUCGUCCGGUUAUUUUUCUUGGUUGAACAAGAACAUAUUUAACAACACUGGGUCACGAUAAUUGUUUUCAAAUGUCCGUCGCCGCGGGUUGCUGAUGAUUAAGAUUGAUGACGGCUAAUUAUAAUUACAUUUUUAGUAGUAAUAAGCAUAACGUCCACAUAAUACAGUGAUAGAGAUGCUAUGGGAAAUUCGCCAGUAUAACUAUAGUAGCGAAACAGAGAGAUAAACGUGAAUGAAGCGAAAACACGAGAAGGAUCGUGACUGAAUUGAUGACGAUAGCGGCGUAGAGAGCUGAAUAACCGUCACAUUAAUUGAAAAUCAUUUGCGCUGCACGUCAUGAUAACGUUAAGCCGGGCAGAAUAUCACAUAUAUUCUCAUGGAUCAUAGAAUAUGCACGGGGCCUUGCGUCGAGCGAGAGCAGGUGCUUACGUGCAAUGUACUGUCCCGACCGAAAUUACAUGGCAUCUUUAAAAUAGCUGCCAAUCACUCGCUGUUUUCUAUACCAAUUUAUCGAUUUACGUCGUGUAUUUCCCUGUCUGUAAAUACGAGAAUAAACAAUUACUUCAAAGGCGCUUUUUCCUUAUGAAUCAAUGGAAGGACAAAGAAGAAUUCGUUGAUUCUUUUCAGCUAUGUCAAGGUGGAGACUGCGAUCUCUCGCUGCUUUUCGCCAACAGUGAACAAACAAGAUACACGAUCUGAGCAAGGGACAGGGGUACGGCCAUUUAUUAACAUAGCAAACAAAAACGCCAGUGAUCGAUGACCAAAGCGGGAUCCCACAUACGGGAUCACGUUGAAUAAUAGAUUUAUUAUUAUAUUAUGACCAUGAUAUUGCUAUUAGAUCUAUAUGAAUAAUGUCGAUAACCAAGUAAUUAGGCAGAUAUAUUACUUCAACCGUAACAACACAUACAGCGAAGAGAACAGAAGGACGAGGUGCAGAAACAACCCGAAAAACAACGUAAUCGACAGCGAUGAACAUACGUAUCGGCUACCGGUGAUGGGAAUCGUUUGACGUCAGAACUAGUGGCUACCAGCGACGCCCACUAAACAAACUGCGGUAUUUUAUUUGCAGUCGUCAUUCAGCGAUCGAAAGGUCAAUACCACCAGUAUAUGAAUAUCAUGUGAUGAAAAUGGUUCCAUUGUCUGCCGAUAAUUUACAAUAUAUUAGGCACUCUUGUCCUUAGAGUUGCUGCCGCCAUUCAUUGAUAUUACUACGACACUAUGAUUGAUCAUUACGCUUGUUAUCAUUACCAUUUUUUUAUCGAACUAGUCACGUAUGGUAACUGCCGUAUGGCCUGAGGUUAAACUAGGGAGUUUUGUUCCACUAUUUUGAAGGGCGACAGUCGUAAAGCGAACGCGUACGCGCAACAGGAGCUAGCCUGAAACGGGCAAAAAGCAACAGAAAAUGGAGCCGGUAAGUCGUGCAGAGAACGCCAUAAGGCGACGUCCGAAGCCAAUGAAUGAGAUGAUUGACUAUUAUACGGUAAGAUUAUAUGGUGCCUACCGUUAACGAAACAUAUAACUUCACAUGCCAGUUUCAGAUGUAACGUUCUCGAAGGAGAUGAGUAUAAUCAGUAGGUAGGUGGCAAGUGUUAUUCGACUAGUGGUUAACCUAAGGUGGAGAAUGGAGGAAUAAGAGUGGAGAACAUCGGGAAGGGGCAAGAAAUAAAUAUACGAUUUUUUUUGGUCUAUUCUCUGAGGAAGAACUGCCGUCAAAGUGGGGUUUGAAACAGAACGUCACCAGGACCAUGGUUGUCAGAUCCAUGGAAUCAGGUUAGAUCUAUAAAUAAAUUUAGGUAAACUAAAACAACACUAACUAACUAAACAAAAUAAUGAUGGCUGAAUGUUAAUCUGUCAUAAGUUUCGCAUAUUAAGCGGACGUUGUUUAGCAUCAUGAGAUAUAAGGGCAAAUAUCGGGAAUGGAUAGAAUAGGAAAGGGUUCGUGCGCUUUCCGACUAAAAAACCUCAAAUUGAAAAAAAAAAUUGAAUAAUACGAUUGGAAAGCUUCAAGGUCAGAUCAACGAUAUGAACAGCAAAAGCAAGAGACAUCUAAUGAUACAAUAACAAUAGUUCGGCUUUUCUACGUUCCCUUCUACCAUACCGCUCCAGACAUAGAUUAUUAUGUCACAUGUACCUAGACGUUACAAGCCGCUGGUUGCAGAUCGUGUCACACGGUGGUCGAACGUAGCCAACGAUACGAACGUCACGGCACAACUGUUUUCGGCAAUUGCGACAAAUGAAACUGGCGAACGAAGUGGCAGACCGCGCGAACGAUCAAUAACUGUAAAAAACAGGCUCAAAAAUGAGAGUCAUAGGACAUGGGCCCGGCAUCAGGCGUGACUGAUCUUAAUUAUGUCAUACUAUUUGAAUGUUAUAACAACUCAUGCAUGUAAGCAGUUGUCUAUCGCCUUCUAGAAGAACUGAUGUAUGUAAAAAUGUAGAUUAAUAAUAGCUGAUUAACUGUUAUUAGGUGUGAAAAAGGCCAAUGAAGGUAAUGAGGAACGAAAAAAAAACAGAACGACAUGGCAAGAUGAAAAGUCCCGACAUAACGAGGGAGUCGUGAACUAUUUUGCUAUUUUUAUAAUAUUAAUAACGCUGAAAAUAACUGAAAAACUAAAGAAGAAAAAAAAAGUGACCAUAUUGUGUUAUGCUAUGCCACACCAAGUUGAAUGCUCGAAAUUUGUUGACAACGGCAACAUAGGGCGACAUUAUCAAGAACAACCGUAUCAAAAAGUUAUUCGGGAAGCAAGGGGCAGUUACAGGGAUAUGCUCACGUCAUCCUCGUACAGCGCCCACAACGAAAUAUACCAUUUAGACAGAACAAAGACGAUGUUAUGUCACAACACAGUUUAGGGUAGAACAGAACAACAAACAGUCAAUAAAGCAGGCGCAUGGGUAGGCCCAUAAGUAAAACUCUUCGAGAUCGAGAAGAGAACAAGGGGUGAAAGAAAAGGGUUUGUAUAAUAAUGAUAAUAAUAGGGAAUCAGGCUGGACGAGGCAGACUCCUAUAAAAUGAUAUACUAGCAUUUUGUCAAGUAUUUAGUAAUUAGUAGUCAAGUAAUUAUUUGUAGAACCCACUAAACAAAACAUUUAUCAAGAUGUUCCGUAUUACUGGAAUAAUAACAGGCCCAUAUCACUGAAUAGGCGUGAAGUUCGAGGAACCUUAGUUUGAAAGCUAAAAAGGCAGAUAUAGUUUCAACGAUAGUAACGAUACUUGCUAUACAAUUAUUUAUAAAGUACAUGUAAAUAGGGAGUUAUUUAAAUAUUACUAUUUACUUGAAGAAUUUACUCUAAGAGUAAAGAUGACAUAAGUAUCAGGCCUGCCAUGACGGUGUCCCGUGAAAGUUUUCAAUAGGUGUUAUUGGCUAUUUUAACAGCUCAUAAUGUCUCUAUAACGCAAUGCUUUAAAUAUAAGAUAAACUAUAAUCUACCUAUGAUUAAGGCAGAGCCAGCGACGAGCUCUCCGUGACCGCUUCCAGAAAUGCGAGUUUCUACUGAUGCAAAGCGUAAAAUGGCGAUGCGGAUCUGAGCUUCUCCGCUAAACUCAGAAGCCGGGCAGAAACUAGUUAGUUAAGCAAACGUUACUUUUUACCUUUAUACUUAUUUCAUAGAAGCGAAAUAACGAUUUUGUAUUUAACUAUGUGAAAAAUUAAUAUUUUGUACUACUUUUAUUUAAAAUAAAAAUGCUAUAAAUACAACAAAAACUGUAACUGCAAGCACCCUUCUUCGACAGAGUAUGAUAACUAUCCAUUUAGGUUCGGAUUAAAGAGAUAUGCGCAAAGACAUAAUUAUACGUCCUUAAACCAUAAACGUUAGAUGAAAUUUUACCCAUAGCAUUUAAAGGUAUUGCUGGGUCUGUUGAGAAUCCUGUGUAUUUCAAGUGAAGAAAAUGACAAAACUAUGUUUUCGACGCGCGGCACGUAUCAGAGCCAAACAAUCUGAUACAUGUACGCACAUAUCCGCUAAGCAAUGACGAUAUCGUAACAAGUUCGACCUGUUCAUAAUUAUUGGAUAUCUUACUAGACUAGCUUUGAUGAACUCUGGCGUAUGUGGACGUGGCACUCUCUUCAGAGAGAGCACAUGCAUAAAAUGACGGAAACAGGCUCUGAAGAUUAACGUUUCCUGAUGGGUCGACCCCCUCCCUCCCUCCCCCCCCACCCACAAUAAGACAAUCUUCACAAAAAAUUUACGACUUGAAGUUCACACCAUCCGAUCUUACGUGUGGAUGAACACUGUUUGAAUGUAGACUUUCAUCGAUAAAAUACAAACAUUUCAGUCAUCUUUCAGUGUUUCUCUUACCUUAAUCAACGUUAUCUCUUCUAACAGCCAACACAAAAACGAGCUCACAGAUUAAGUGGGCAUGUCGAAAGGUCAGUUUGCUGCGAGAGGAGGCACCCGGUGGAGUCUUGGGACAUUUAUUAUGAGGCUGUCACGCGCAAAUAGCCAAGUUCAGUAUGAACCUAUAACCAUAUACCCGGCAGUGUAUAAUAGAAAUAUAUCUAAUCGAGUCUCGUUCAUAUAUCCAGCCUUAGCAGAGAAUGAACUCAAGACAGUUUUGUUGACACCUGUAAUGUAUUAGCCCAUUAUGAAAUCGUCCGACCGUGAAAACAUCUACAUCCGCCAGCUAUGAUACUAAGAAAAAAAAGAAGCUGUUUUCACAAAUAUAUAUGCAAGCAUAGAUUAGCCGAAAAUGCGUCAUGAUAAAAAAAAAAAAAAAGAAAAAAGAAAAGUUUGCCACAAAGUAAAUAAUGGGUUAUUUUGUGGUUUAUCCUGUGUGAAUCUCUUGCUUAACUUCUGUGUAAACGGGCGCGAUUUGUACACCUAUCGAUAUAAUUAAUACACAUACAAUGGAUUAGAGUUUCUAUAGAUUAUUAGUAACUAUCUUCUGCUGCUCGAAGCACAUGUGUUGUGGGUCGUUUGGGCACGACUAGUGGAGAACUUUUACUAACGACGAUGGGUUUUGAUGGUCUUUACAGGAUGCUUAGCACGUAGGGCAACCGUUUCGUUGAUGUUGUUUGCUGUUAUUCUGACGCUCGAUGACUAUAGCGCUUGUCCAUUGCUUUGCUUGUCAUCGAAUUCAAUUCAUGGAUAAUAUGAUCAUCGUUUUAGCUUCAUAAUCGAAUCGAACAUGAGAUAAAUGAAGGUAUCGCUGCGUUCAUGGAUAGCUUAGUAAAUGUUCCACCCUGUUUAAAUAUUGGCAUCCGUGUGGAAAAUACAUAAAUCUGAAUGCAUUAGGUUACCCUAUCCAUAUGGAAAAAAGAUAUUGGUCCUGCUAAAACCUGAAACCGUUUAGUACCACCAGGUUUUUUAGGGUAAAAUCAUCGGAUUCUUGAUGUCGACCCCAGUAUCAACUGAGGAUGAACUUUUGUUUGAUAAAUCUAGGAUUUGAUGAAACAACAGGCAUGUAUAAGUGGUAACUCCGUAUACGAAUACUGUAUGUAUAUAGUGUGACAGGAUAUGACUUACGGACGCGUGGUUACCUACCCAUGAUUACACCUACACCACGACUAGGGUUCCAACUAAUAGUGGAUUUCCUAAAAAUAUUGUUAAUGGCUGUGACAGCAACCGCUUAAGCGGAACAGUUUAUUCGAAGCAUCAUGUCUGUAGUUGCAAAUAGGUCCUACAUAAAUAGUGAAACCAAUGUAUUACGAUUGGGGACACACGGUACAUUAGUUUUUGUUUUGAGGCCACACUGAGUUUAACUGCGGCCGAAAGAUAGGCUCAGACUGCUUUCUAAACCUUAUCUGGUAACGCCGUUCAAAGAAGAAAAAGCUAUCAAUCGCAGUUUACAGCCAUUAUGUGUAAAUUCGCUGACGCCAUCGGAAGUGCGUAGUGGGUGCAGGCCAAGCCCAAAUGCCUUGGUUAAGCAUCUUGAUUUGCCGAACAGGCCGAAUGGGUCGGUAGCUAGGUAACGAUGCAAAUAUUGGCGCGCCGUUUGCCGCGACGCAUCAACGUCUUGAAACGGAAUAGUUCCCUAUUCGCUAGUAGAAGAGAGAAAAGUUAAUUUUUACAGGCCCAGAUAAAUGACGAUUUUCGUUUACGUAGUUGGGCGUUUUGUCUUGGGGCAGACAAGCUCCAGCUGGGCGGGACUUGUGCAGGGCUGGUCUUCACUUGGUAAGCGCGAGAUCACUGCACGAAUGUAUUACGAUAUCGUAAAGCGCAUGUACCAACAACAGUUGACAGACCACUAUGAAUAGUAUUCUUGUGGGUCUGAUAUCCUGAUUCUAGGUGCUUACCAUUCUGUCUCAUCUUGUCCACCUACGAUGUGCGUGGAGCCCGCUGCACUGUCGAUGACGAGCUGGCAUACGAAUGCAAGAACCGAUCAAACGGUAAAAAUUUAACGCAAACCUGUGUACUUCAGUUUACAUAUGUAUAUAUGUACGAACGUACAUGUAAUUAAUGUAUAUAGUAUACAGAGGGACCUGGUGUACGGGAGGAUAGAUGAUAUAGGAGCAACGCUGCGUUCUGUCCGUGUCUUCGGUUGAAACCCAAAGAAAUCGUAAUGCUCGGUUGCAUGUCCUAUGCUAGAUGAAUAGGCAAAACUUAACUGCGUGCUUUUUCUUCGCUGAGCAGUAGAACGACACGCAUAUCGCUCUAACUGGAUUUAGCUAAAGUUCCUGAUAGCUAGUUAUCCCCUCGACUGAUAAUAAUAGUGUUUGGUGAUGCAUUCGUGUCUGUAUUGGCUGACGAUUAGAAGCUUAUGAGUAUGAUUGUUCUUCAGAUAGCCGUGGCUAGGAUAAUCUCUAUAACGGUACUGCUACUGCUACUGCUAGCUUUCUUUAUCGUACACGCCUAUGACGAUAUGUACAGUGUAGCUAAGGUAGUCAGCCAAUUUGAUCGAUCAAUGAAACUCGUCCCGUAUCUUGUAUCCCCAACAAAGCUAUUAUAUAAUUGAAAUAGUAAUAGCAAUAACGCUCGACGGCCCACACUCGACUGGAGAUUUCCUACGUGUAGAUACAUGUUUCAGUAUAGAAAUUAUCGUAUAACUUUAUAUAGGCGUAGGCAUGUAUCUGUAUACAUCUGUAGUAAUGAUUGUACACGUAUGUAAACUUGUGUACCCCAGAGAUAGUGAUGAUAACACUAUGAAGAGCCAAAUAGCACAGCAACAACAAUAACAACAACAACAACAACAGCAACAACAAUAACAACAAUAAACAUUAAGUAACUAACAAUGAACUGAUCAAUAACCGUGCGCGUAUCUACCUUGAUAAGAACUAAUAUAAUAAUAAUGUCAUUCAGAAAUAACUGUGCCAGCUAGGUUGCUGUUCCUUCGUUACGAGCAACAGCACCGCGAACAGAUUUGGCACCUUGCUAAAGAUGACAUUGCAUAGUCGAACAUGGUAAAUAAUCUGUACAUACUGUGUCUAUUGCAAAUAUUAUUACCUACUACUACUGCUGCUGCUGCUGCUAGUACUUUCUGAUACUUUUUUGUUUUUCUUUUUGCGCCUCUACUAGUAUACGAUUUGUGUGGGAGCAUUUGAACAGCUCGCUGGGUGCCAAGUUCCGCAGUCAAACUGAUCCGUAUAGAUUCACAUAAACAACAACGAUCUGGCGAAGCCGUACUCUGUAAAGAUAAAAAUGUCCUCAGGCCAGACGUCGAGUAACUUUGCAUGAAACACGCUUUGCUACAUCUGACGCUCGAACACAGUGUUUCCAACUUGGUUUCGUCGCCUUUUUAACGCUACCAACGUGGCAAAAUGAAUAAAAACUGCGUCUCAUGCAUAAACAAUCGAUUAUGAACGCGACCAGUUAUUCUCUUAUCUCUUAUAUAUCUGUCCUUAACUUGUCACAACCUAAUUACAUAGUCACAAUCAAACGACUUACCCACGUUUUGAAGUUCCCAAAAAACAACGACAAAACGCAAACUACACGCUGCUUGUAUACAAACGCAAUUUUUUCAUUCUUCCUACACACGACUUUUUGAUACUUUUUUUUUUUUAGCAAUUUCUUUUUCAAUUCCACCAGCGGUAACCAAACAUGCAGAACUUCGUAAGAAUGGAAAAUCCAUUCGAACUGCACGUACCGUUCCUGCCCAACAGUGGUAUUUUUCGUCCUUAUGAAAACGUUUGUUGAAGUUCAUCAUGCCUUUGUACGACUAAUGAGCACAACAAUGACAACAGCAACAAAGACCUAAACUAUGUCAGAGCAGAACGAACCAGUCGAAGGCCGGCACUCGCUUAGUUGAGUCCGAGUCCUUGCCGCUAGAGCCUAAGUAACCACUACAGUAAAUGGGAAUUGAUGAAAAUAGGUACAUAGAGAAAACACUGGCAACGAAUCCAUUAAGUUCCAACUCGUGCCCGCUGUUAAACUGCUGGUUAACACCCGUCAUUAACGAUACGAGCAAAUUGGCCAUUGACACGUGGAGGAGUACCACUAUUUUGUCUUCUCGUUGUUUACCACUGUUUAUAUUGGGUUACUGUUGAGCUGAACGUUUCGGAAGGUAACGUAUAACACAGUACACGUUAAGUAGAAAAAAAUCCUAAAAAAAUAAUACAAGACACGAUAAAAUACCAGAUUUAUGUCUUAUGGGGCAACCGGCUUAGAGUUAACAGAACGAUUAACUUUCCCUCUUUUUUUUUUUAGCUAAACUGCUACUUAGCCUUUGGUUAACCCUAAAGGACAUGUUUGUUGGUACGGUGCUGGUAGACAUCCUACAUUAAGAGUAAAUAUCCUCACAUUGUGUACUUUCAAACUGAACAAAAACUUGUCGGCUGGUUUUCGGAUAGUACAAAUCAACACACGCUAACACACACGCACACACACACACUCACACAAACACACAAAACUCCGUUUGAAAAAGCAAAAGUCUUGAAAGACACGAAACGUGAGAAAUUAUGAUAUAUAAAAUUUAUCGAACAUCAUAUAUGUAUGUAUGAGAUGAUAGGUUUUCCGUGGAGAUGUCGUGGGAAUAUAAGCGUAAAAUAGGAUCUUGUGUUAUUGAAUUAGUCCGGGUUACUCUUUAAGUAGAAACUGAUGGCCAAUUAGUCUCUGCUUAAUUUUUACGUGAUUGCCAUAACAGGUUGUAAACAGUCUAGCCUCCGACCUACCAUCCAGAUUUUUUCAGCUACAUUUUCGGCCGGGGGGCGGGGGGUGGGUACUAGAGAAAAUAGACGUUAUUUUUGCUCCACUGGUUAACGUAAAUUCAUUCAGGAAACGAAUUACAGCACUUUUACCUGUUGCAUUUACCAAAUCUUUAAGAUCUCUGGUAGAACGUGUGGUAGUGUUUUCCCUUAAAAAACGAUAACCGCAUGGACCCACAAAAGUACACAUUUAAAAAGCUAUAUAUAUAUAUAUAUAUAUAUAUAUAUAUAUAUAUAUAAUAUAUGUUUUGCAUAUAUUCAUCGGAAUACGCUCCAUGGUAGAGUCAAAUUCUUAUUGAUCUCCCAAUAUGCUAUAUUACUAACGUUAUAUAUAUCUCUUUGUAAUUUUAACUUAGACCAUAAUCAUGUUUAGGUAAGAAAAGCAGUCUGUCUUGAACCAGUCGUCCCUAACCGUGGACCCUUCCGUCGCUCCGAAGAUAUACUUUUAGAUGAAUUUGGUAAUGUUAUUCUUGCGGCUGAUUUUCAUCUUCUCAAUCAACCUAUUACCUGCGUAAAUAGGCUAGUCUCUUUUGAAGACAUCAUACAUAUUUAAUAUAUAUAUACAGUAACACGUUCAUGUCGCUGGUUGCUGCGCCACAACCCGUUCAGGAUACGCUAAAGGUCAACGAGAAAAAAGGCUCAUAGGACCCUGACACUAAUAAAUAUGACUGACAAUGGUAGGUGACGAUUGCGUCGAAUGAGCAGGACCGAUUACUAAUACCAGCAGAUAGAUAUAUAAAAUAUAAUUAGUAUGUGUAAAUGUCUAAUUAUGCUACCAAUCGAUGUAUUUAGACAUAGCUACUUUCGUAUGAUAAGUAACUUUGUUAGUGUGAUUACUAUUGUUAUCGUAUGAUACAUAUUUUUACGGUCAAAAUGAUCAAUCUAACAAUAUAGAUCACUACCACAUAUUGUAAUGGCAGAAAAAAAGAAAAACGCUAAAAUCUUAUCCGAACAGCGUGUUGGAGCGUCCUGAGAUAAACAUAUUAAGAUAGUAAUGAUACAUGCCCAGUAUGAAAUCGGUGGCACUUAUAUCCGUAAAAAUAUAUGCUAAUGUCUCUAUACAUAUAUAAGAAGAGUGAUAAUUCGACCACGUAUUACUCACCCUAAGACUGGUCUGUCUGAGUCGGUGUACAAGACUAACGAAUGGCGUACGAACGCGGACCCGGCUCUAACUCUAAGCGUAUGGGUUAUUUAUCAAGUAUAAUGGCUGGAAUAGCAAAAGACUGCAUAGUGUGAUAACAAUGGGCCUUCUAUAACGUUUCGUACGUAUGCGCCAUGCAACGAACCGAAUGGAUUCCAUACAUCCAAGUGAAUGGAAAUACUUGAGCUAAUUGAAUCAAUUGGCUCAUACGGAAUGACAGUACGUUUAGCCUGCGUUCGUUCGUAGAUCUGACUGAUCCAGCCCCGGCUUUGAGAAAAGGUUAUCGAUACGGUACCGAUAUACACGCUGCGUCGUGAAGGGGGCAGGGGCCAUAGAGGCGUGACUGAUAAGAAAUUAGGUGUUAGACCAAUACACCGUCGAGUGGCUAACGUACGUGACUCAUGAAGGCAGCCUGUAGCGAAUGGGAGAAGGACAACAGCGGCGACCGAUUGCCGCCAGUGUGAUCAAUCAGUGAAAACCUACGAUACUGUAGAUGUGUUAAGUGAACUCGAAACACCGUCAAAUGCAACAAGGUGCUUCGCUCUGCAUAAACAGAAACACUCAUUAGGUAUCGGGAACGGGGCAAGCGUAGUGGAAACAGACGGCAGGGGAGCAGGAGAAUGGAUGCAUGUGACAGGUGUGAGAACUCUCAUAACUGCAACGCGAAUGACCAAAACAUAACACGGGUCCAGCACUACGGAGACGCAUCCAUUUGAAACUGAAUAUAUAUAUAUAUAUAUAUAUAUAUAUAUACACUGUGUAGAAAUACAGAUGAUCGCUUUGCUUCACUUCGCAGUGGGGUAAAAAAGACGCGACGAGUUGUUCCGAGCUUUGCUGUUUGACUAUUUUCACUUUCAUGUAAUGAUUGUAAUAUUUACACUGACAUAUAUAUCGAAGGUUUGUCGCCUCGAAGGCUACGACUCUUCUAUAAAGAAGCAGUAUCAUUUUUUCUCUCGAGAUACUGUUACUAUACAAACAUUUGUGGUUCUACCAUUCAUGAACGUACUCGUUUCUAAUUAUACGUGAACUGUUUAUGCGACUGUGCGACCUAGUAAUUAAUGAACAAUUCGACUAUCGGAAGAGGCAAAUGUGCUGCUAUAUACCUCACGCGUGUGCAUAUGCGUAAUCACGAAGUUGAGUCUGCUCAUAACUUUCUGGCUUCAUGCGACAUCAUUUACUGCUGACCGAUCAGCGAAUUGUUGAAUGCUGUGGGUCAUCUAUUUCAACCGAUUCAAGCCAGACGGACGUAGAACGAUGCACAUACGCAUUAACUUCGCUCGAUCUAACACAGCAAUGGCCAUGCCGUAAACAACGACCAUAACAGAGCUUUGGACAGAUGACGUAGGUCCGGAAGAGGUACGUGAGACAUACUGCUUAAGCUUCCCGUCGCGUUGACAAUAACUAGGGAAAAAAAACUAGUGUCUAUUAGGGUUAAUUAACUGAACAAUGUUAUCAGUCAAAACCAGUAUAAAUCAGAUAUCAUAAUCGUAUCGUUACACAGGUCGGUAUGACCAACAAACAUAGUAGAAGAACGGAAAAACAUCAACGCGGCAAUAUCGAUCCGACUGGGCACAUCUGCAGCGGAUCAACUGUCGUUAAACUAUACGUUCAGGGCCGAAUAGAAGUCAGUAUGUUAUCUGCGUUUUCGGCAAGAUCUGAUCCGCCAAUGUAUGCACUCUCUGUCGUUAUUGAGUAUGUCAAUUAGCAAGAGAUAAAAAUGAGGGAAAGCAAAAAAAUGCUCAUUCGGAUAUAAGGCAGGCGCAGUUGUAUCGUAGAAACAACUGCUUAGAGAAUAAUGACGACGGCAGAAAUCGUUGACUGAAUUGGGAUCAAAGUAGUUCUGCUUGGGGAGACGCCAUUAACAUCGUUACUUUGCUAUUAUAACAAACUAUGCAACGAUCGGACAGGGCCAUAGUAAAUACACCGGGGAAAAUUUUGAACAAAUUACGGAUAUGUGUGUUAUCGUUCGUUGUUACCUGGGGGCAAGGGGCGAUUCGUUCUUGUAGAAGAAAUAGAGCUCACCUGUUUUUUUGUUGUUGUUGUUGUUGUUAGCUAGCAAAGAUACCGAUAAGCCCAAAUUCAUAUUGACUGUGACGAUGGGGAAGUUUUUCAACCUCACGCAUGCCGUAGAAACCGCGAAAGCGCAUGCGGAAUGCAUUACUUGACGAAGCUACUAUACACAGCGACAGAUCGAGCCGGCUUUGGAAACAGUACAGGUAGUAGCUCCUAGUGACGUUGUUGAAGAUAACCGCCAACAAUUCGUCGAUUUGGAAAAUUCAUUUGGGAGCCCGUUAUCGAAAACAGCCUAAGACUGGAGCAGGACGACGACUCUGAUUAGAUUGAAUGAGGUUAUUGGAACUGAAGUAGCGAGGGGUAGUUGUACACCAGGAAAGAGAAAGACCAAAUCGAUCCUCUAUCACGAUCUCUCUACCGAGAUAUCAAUACACUGGGAUAUAUAUGAACACACAACGAAUCAACUGUCCACUUCCACGUAUGAUAUGUAUGAAUACACACAAAUAUACACAAAAUUGGCAUAUUUGUGCACGCGCAUAUAAAUACUAUUAUUAACAAUACAUAUAUGGCGACGAUAAUGUUUUUGUAAUCGGACAAUUACUAAUUCGAUGGUAACAAGAAAAAUGACGCAUGUUAUAAUAUAACGAUUAAGUAAUAAAUGAUGACCAUGAUGAUACAACAACAGUGACUGUUACGAAAAUGAAAAUCAUGACGACGACGAUGAUGAUGAUGAGAAAGAUGAAAACAGAAAGAGGAUUGUACGAUAUAAUAAUAUUUGAACACGCGCGGUCGACGGAUACAGUUGUACAAAAUGUUUAUUGUGUUAUUAAACGAGCGAUAGAUGGCAAAACAUAUGGACAUAAAACUAAUAUCAAAAAUAAUAAUUACGCUAAGAUAACACGCAGAAUGUUAUGGAUUAUGAUAAUAAAUAAAUGAAAUUUCGUUUGUGAUAUUGAACCUCGUUUGUGUUACAGUAAGUAGAGAUGUCAA